AUGGGUACUUAUUUUGCACAAGAUUUCGAAAAUAUUUUGAAUAUUAAUCAAAAUUUAACAAUUGUUUAUAGCAAGCAAAUGGAUCCAAAUGUUAAAAGUAUGACAGAUACUUUACAACAAAUUAAAAAUCGUUCGAGAAUUGUUGUGGCUGUAUUUGAUUCAAUAGAAAUAAGAAGAACUUUUCUAUUGGCAAUGACAGAUACAGGAAUUUCUUUAAAUAACGAAUAUGUGUUUAUUAUUCCUCAAUUAAGAAAUUUAGGAAUGUUACAACAAGAAAAAACUAGUACAAAUAUUUCGAAAUAUAAUGAUUUUUGGAUGACAACAAAUGGAGUUAAUGAUGGGAGGGAUGAUGAUGCUUUGAAAGCUGCAAGAAGGACAAUUAUUGUUGACUUAGAAAAUCAGUCAAACUCUGAAAUUGAUAUUUUCAAUGCUAAAGUAGUUGCUGAAUUUGGAAAGCCUCCCUUCAACUGUGUAAAUGAAUGUAUGGGUGGACCUAAUGACCAAAUUCCUGCUUCGUAUGCUCGAAGUUUACACGAUACAACAUAUGCUUAUUUAAGGGCAUUAAAUAAAACAACAGAAAAGUUUGGUUACUUAACAAAAGAUUUGGCAAGAAAUGGAACUUUAAUUAAUAAUCUGAGUAAAGGGGAAUUUCAAGGAGAAACAGGAAAUGUUAUUAUUGAUGAAAAUGGGAAUAGAGAGCCAAUAUUUGUUGUUACAAUGUUGGAUAUUUCUGAUCAACCACUAAAUGUUAUGCAAAUCACUUUUAUUAAUAAUACAAUGCAAAUAACUAAAAAUUACAACGAUGAAUCUGUUAUUUGGGCAAAUAGAGGAGGUAAGAGACCUUUAUAUAAACCAAUAUGUGGAUAUACUGGGACAGAAUGUCCACAAAAUAUAACAACAUAUAUAUUAAUUGGUGUUGGUUUGGUUUUGUUAUUGUUAGUAGCUACUUUAGGUGGAAUUGGUUAUGCUGUUCGAGAAAAAUUAAAAGAGAAGGAACGUUUAACUAGAGAAUGUUUAAUACCUUUUGGAGAAUUAAAAAAUAUAAAGGAAUUAAAAAGUAAUGAAGAUAUGAGAAGUUUAGAAGCAAAUAAAAGUUUAAAAAGUUUACAAAGUAGCCAAUCUGGCAGUACAAAAUUAACAAGUAUGGAUGAUAAAAAAUUGGAAACAGAAAAUUAUGCACAUUUUUUAUAUAAUAGAGAAGUUGUUUUUGCUAUUAAAUAUCAAGUUAGAGUUAGAAUAUUUAAUGAAGAUUUGUUUCAAUUAAUGAAGCUUAGACAAUUAGACCACGAAAAUUUAAACAAAUUUUGUGGACUAUGUACUGAUGCACCAAUUUUAUAUGCUGUUUGGAAACACUGUCAAAGAGGAAGUUUAAAAGAUUUAAUUGCCAAAGAGAGAUAUGUCGGCGAUUCUUUUGUCAUGUUUACUUUAAUGAGGGAUAUAGCCAGUGGUUUGAUUGCCCUUCACAAAUCUUUUAUUGGAGCACAUGGAAUGCUUUCCUCAGAAAAUUGUUUAAUUAAUGAUCGUUGGCAAGUAAAGAUUAGCGAUUUUGGAUUGAAUAUGAUUAGAGAAAGUCAAACUUUUACAAAAAGAAAAUUAUUGUGGACAGCACCAGAAUUAUUAAGAGAAAAUAAUCGAAAAGGAACAAAAGAAGGAGAUGUUUAUAGUUUUGCUAUAAUUUGUUGUGAAUUAGUUAAUAGAGAAACUGUUUGGAAUGGAGUUGAAAGAGAAGAUGAUGUUGAUGAAAUUAUUUAUCGUCUAAGACGAACAAAUACAGCAAUUCCACACAGACCUCAGUUGCAUCCAAGGGAAGAAAUCAAUCAAAAUCUCAUCCAUUUAAUUCGAGACUGUUGGAGUGAAAUUCCAACAGAACGUCCAAGGAUUGAUCAAGUCAGAACAAUGUUAAAACAAAUGGUUAGGGAUGGGAGUCAAAAUUUAAUGGAUUAUGUUUUUGGAAUGUUAGAGCAAUAUGCAAGUUCUUUAGAACAAGAAGUUGAGGAAAGAACUAGAGAAUUAGUUGAAGAAAAAAGAAAAAGUGAUAUUCUUCUAUAUAGAAUGCUUCCAAAACAAGUUGCUGAUAAAUUAAAAUUGGGGGAAUUUGUUGAACCAGAACAAUUUAGUGCAGCAACAAUAUUCUUUUCUGAUGUUGUUUCAUUUACAACGUUAGCUAGUAAAUGUUCUCCUUUACAGGUAGUAAAUUUAUUGAAUGGUUUAUACACAGCAUUUGAUGGGAUAAUUGACAGUCAUGAUGUUUAUAAAGUUGAAACAAUUGGAGAUGGUUAUUUAGUUUGUUCUGGAAUUCCUCGGAAAAAUGGGAAUGACCAUGCUAAAGAAAUUUCUGAACUUGCAUUUGCUUUCCUACGUACCGUUUCAACAUUUAGAGUUGACCAUUUGCCAAAUGAACGUGUUAAUUUACGUAUUGGAAUACAUACUGGACCAGCUGUAGCUGGAGUUGUUGGAUUGACAAUGCCUCGUUAUUGUUUAUUUGGAGACACUGUAAAUACAGCUAGUAGAAUGGAAUCUAACGGAAGACCUGGACGUAUCCAUAUAUCAACCACAACUAAUCAUUAUUUAACUAACAUAAUUGGAGGAUAUGUAACAGAACCUAGAGGAGAAGUAAUUAUUAAAGGAAAAGGAGUUAUGGAAACAUUUUGGCUACUUGGACAUGCUGGGGAUUCUCAUUAUUUAUCAGGUAUCGUUGCUGCUAAUGUUGAUCGUGAUACUCCAGAACCUGUAUAA